ACCCUAGACGUAGUCAUGGCUCUCAAGAUCGUACUUGCUUCCUGCUUGCUGGCUGCUGUCUCAGCGCAGUACGCCCCCAAGCCCUACGCGCCUGCCCCCUACGCGCCCAAGCCCUACGCUCCCGCCCCCUACGCUGCCAAGUACGCCGAGCCUGAGCCCUACGACCCUAACCCUCAGUACAACUUCGAGUACUCCGUCCAUGACGACAGCACCUACGACAUCAAGAGCCAGCACGAGGAGCGUAACGGAGACUACGUGAAGGGAUCCUACGAGCUGUACGAGCCCGAUGGCACCAAGAGGAUCGUCGAGUACUCCGACGACGGAUACGGCUUCCAGGCUGUCGUCCACAAGGAGGGUGGCAAGGCUUACGCCCCUGCCCCUUACGCCGCUAAGCCCUACGCUCCUGCCCCCUACGCCCCCAAGCCCUACGCUCCUGCCCCUUACGCUCCCAAGCCCUACGCCCCUGCCCCCUACGCUCCCAAGCCUUACGCACCUGCCCCAUAUGCCCCCGCCCCCUACGCCCCCAAGCCCUACGCUCCCGCUCCUAGCUACUCCGGCUACUACAAGAAACCUGCUUACUAAGUAAGCUAGUAAUUGUUACCUGAUUAUACCACCUAUCACCUCCAUUUCUGUUGUAAAUAUGUGUUCGCUCAUUAUUAGUUGUAUAUUUUUAUACAAGAAUAAAUAAUUUAAUUUUUUACAUUAAAA